CAGUCACUUGUUGUCACGUGACUGACAUGUUUACAUCCAGGUUCUUGUCGUUUAACUUCCGGAACUGCGCAGUGGGAGUCAGCUGAUAGUCGUGGUCAAGCAGCGGGUGUAACGUCUCAGCUGAAGAGACCCUGAACGAAGGAAAAAAAAAAAAAGAGCCUCUUUUUUUGUCUCCAGGACUCUAACGGGUGCGGAGAAACGGACAGCCGUUACCUCCCCCGAUACUCUACCACGUCUUCCCGCCUUCCACACCAUGAGUGUCGGUGCUCCGAGAGGCCUGGCCAGCUCGGGGCAGAAGCCCAUCGCGGAGAUCCUCCACCCGCUGUCCGCCGCCGAGGAGCCGCUCUCCCCGGGGCCAGAUGUCACCGUCAGCGAUGGAAGGGUUAAGGAGGCGGGGCUGACCAACGGCACGCCCGUCGAGACGCCGAGUCCGGCUUCUGCGUCCGUGCUGUUGAACAGGCUGCAGCUGGACGAUGACUUGGACCCCGACGCUCGGGACCCCUACGCCUCUACAGAAACCAACGACCUUUUUGUCACUGUUGACGACCCAAAGAAGCACGUCUCCACCAUGGAGACCUACAUCACCUACAGAGUCUCCACCAAGACAACAAGGAUAGAGUUUGACCUGCCGGAGUACUCCGUUCGGCGGCGCUACCAGGACUUCGACUGGCUGAGGAUCAAGCUGGAGGAAAGCCAGCCGACCCACCUCAUCCCACCGUUGCCAGAGAAGUUUGUGAUGAAAGGCGUGGUCGAUCGUUUUUCCGAGGAGUUUGUGGAGACGAGGAUGAAGGCCCUGGACAAGUUCCUGAAGCGAGUUGCAGACCACCCCGUCCUCUCAUUCAACCCACAUCUAAACGCUUUCCUGUCCGCCAAGGACCUCAACAAACGUCAGGGUCUGGCUCUGCUGACCAAAGUGGGUGAAUCUGUGAAGAACGUAGCUGGAGGCUACAAGCUGCGGGUGCGGCCUCCUGAGUUCUGCGCUAUGGGAGAAUACUUGGACACCUUUAGCCAGAAACUGGGAACCAUUGAUCGCAUUGCUCAGAGGAUCCUCAAAGAGCAGUCAGAGUACCUAACCGAGUUACGUGAAUACGGCACCGUCUACUCCAGUUGGGCGGGAUCAGAGGAGGAGCUGCAGCGCCCUCUGGAGGGCAUGGCUGGCUGCAUGACGACGUGCUGCGACGCGCUGGAUGAUAUGACUGACAACAUGAGCCAGGACUUCCUACCCGUACUUAGAGAAUACGUUCUCUACAUAGAAUCAAUGAAGAAUGUUUUGAGGAAGCGAGACCAGAGCCAAGCGGAGUACGAGGGCCGUCUAGAAGCAGCCGUGUUGCGCAAACACGAAGACAGAACGCCCAUACCAGCAGAGGUAGAGAAAUGCCAGGACAAAAUGGAAUGUUUCAACGCUGACCUGAAGGCAGACUGGGAGCGCUGGCAGAGCAACAAGAGACAAGACUUCAAACAGCUUCUCACCGGCAUGGCCGACAAAAACGUCACCUACUAUGAAAAGUGCCAGGCAGCAUGGGAGUCACUCAUAACUCUCCUCCAGGACAAACAGACUGAAGACAAAACAAGUGAUACGAACUGAAACAUCAUUCUCUCUCUCUCUCCCUCCGUCUCUCCACAACACACACUCAUGCCAAGGAAAAAGACCAGCGGGGCAGCAGGUUUGAACUGCUGGACUCAGGCCCCUGUUCUCCUAUGAAAUGAUCGUAUGAGGGGAAUCGUCUCUCUCAGAUGCUGGCCCAGUAAGGAGGAAACAAACGGUGCGUUUGAGGACAGCUAGGAAAAGAGGAGAAACCUACUAUGUAUAGGGUUUUUUUUGUUUGUUUGUUUGGGGGUUUUUUUGGAGGGGAGGUGGGGACAUUUUUGUACUUUCUAUUUCCGGUUAACAGUCGGUUGCCAACGCUGCUUUGUGUUUUAUUUAACUGCAGUGUUUUACUGUCUGCUCUCUGCCUUUUCACAUUGAGAAAAAUGUUCAUGAAGGUAUUGCUGCUGUGUGUGGCUACGAAGUACCUUAGGUUUCUUUCAGAUAUAUUCAGAACAUCCUCGAGAUGUUUUCCUGUCAGGUGUUAAAGGCCUCUGGGAAAUACAACACUGAAUGAGCAUAAAGCCAGUAUCUUGUAAUUAAAGUACCACACCUGUUAUUUUUUGACUCUAAACUUUUACCAAAGUUCACAAACUUUAUUCCUGUCAUUCCUGCAGUGAUAAUGGCGACACCGGUGUCUGUGAGAGCUAGUGAAGAUUUUGCCAAACAUUUAUCUGCAAGUCAGUAUUUUGAGUUAUAAUCUCAAACUUUCAACUUAAUAACUUUAAAUUUCAAGUUAUUUUCUUUGAGGUCUACAUUUUGAGAUGAUAACCUAAAACUUUGACUUGUGGAUGGCAGGUUUUUUUUUUUUUCUAGUGAUGGAAACAAGCUUCCAUAGGCAUCUGAGCUGAAUACUGAGGUUUGCCUCGGAGGUCACUUUGUGGAAGGUGGUGCGAAGCAGAGUACAAAUUCAGAGAGCAGAUUUGGUUCCAAGUUUACUGUUUUAAAGAACAGCGGCUCCACCUUGUGGUCAAGCUGUAAAUAGUUUUCUCUCAGCAGGGGUAGGGAAACAGUGAGCUACCUCUUUUGGGUUCUCUCGAUACCGUCUUUCUCUCGUCAUUUCCAUUCGUACUUUUCUUCUUCAAGCAAAGACUUACCUCAGUUGGGGAUGUUAAACGGUGCAUUAGAUUUAUAAUGAAAAGGUGAAGACUCCAAUGGUGCUCUGUAACUUAUUCUUGUCAAACACAAACAUUUUACUGUUGGGUUUAAUUUUUUAGUAACUUAGGAAUCAUUUUCUUGCAGUUAUUUGCCUAAGUGAUGAAACCCUGCAUUGGAAACAUGCAACGUUACCAGCCCUCACUGGGGGGUAGAGUUAAGCCAUGAAUGCUGAACAUGAGCUGUCAGUGUGGUCAUGCUGCUGGCUUACAGAGGAACUAAAAAAACUUCAAGGCUUGUGGAAAAUCCCUGCAUGUUAAGAGUGAGACACUGCAAAAACUGCACACUGAGUGAUGCAGCACAUUACUUUAAACGAUCAAGUUGCUUGUUAUAACCAAAUAGGUUGAGACUAAGGUACUGAACAGUGUGGAAAGCCUCUGCGGUGCAGCUCUGUUAGCAGUCUGACGAUGUGACCUCAUCUGCUCAGCUUUGACUCAUGGAAUAAUAAGGUGGAGCGCUGCAGCACGUACGCACAGCACGCUUUGCUUUACAUCAUACUCCUUUAUUAUUUUCCAGUUCCUAAAUGGAAAAGAUCCACUCAAAACUUUAUGUCAUCCCAACCACCACCACCAAACUGGCUUUUAAGCACAGACAAUAGAUGCAGCUUGCUUAUUCGCCUUUCCUUUUCCUCUGUCCUCAGCUGAAAGUAGCUAAAACCUGACCAAUGAUACCCAGGCAGACUCAGUCAUGUGACAUUUGGGCCUCAUAACCAACUACUUAUUCUUCCUGUUUGGUAAAGAGCUUCUCAGUCACUGACAGGAUUUCCAGACUAAGCUUGUUCUCAGGUCUUGGUAAGAACAGGUAAAAGUUGAUUUUUACUAUUUUUGGAAGUAGCUGUCAUGGUACUGAGCCUGCCUACAAUGCAACCAAAUGUAAGCGCUGUAACACACUGACAACACAGUGUCUGCGGCCGCCAGUGAACUGGGUUUAGUUUGUUUUUGUUUUGUUUUUUUCUUCAAUAAUCUAUACUUAUCUAUUUUUUGCCUUUCGUGUUUUCCCCUUGAGCUUUAAAAGAGUGAAGCAGCUACUCUGUCAACAAUGUUGAUGCAUGAAGUAAAAUGAUUUUUGAGGAUUGAGGAAACACUCUGUGAUUCAGUGUUGAGUCAGCUACAGUGGAGUGGCCUAUGGAUGCACCAGAGCUAAAAGGGAAAAUCCAGAGAUUUAGAUCAUUUUUACCCAUACUGUUUUGUCCUUUUCUUAUUUGUUAAAACAAACAUAUACACACACACACACACACACCAUCAUAAAAACACUGCAUUUUAACAAUUUCUCCAAACCUUAUAGUUUGGCAGUUACAUUCCCUGUAGGGUCUCUGACCACUAUUGGCCAGUAUUUGUAGCUGCUCCCACACUUUUAUACCAUUACAGACAAAUCAGGGGCCAGCUAUUAAACAAUGAAAGGGAACAUAAAUCUGUUCAUAUUCAAGAAAACCCCAGAUUUGUAUCUUGAGAUCAUUUUCAUAGUCGCACACGACACACUAAAUGGGACAAUUCACAUUUUUCUUCUCCAUUUCUGCCCGUAGUUAAUAUUCACUGAGGCCCGAGUGCAGUUUAAUGCAGUAGCUUGAUGUAGUAAAAUGAAAUGUAGCAUAAAUGAUCCCAAGAAAAGGCUUAAAAAAUAUUUUCUGUUCUGUUUAUUGACUGUGAACUGCUGUCAUUUGAGUAUAUCAGUUAGGCACUGGUGCAUCUGUAGAGCAUCACUUUGGUGUAAAUGAAGCAAACAGGUUUGGGAUUGUUCAGAGUCCAGCUGAAUUACAUGUGACACACAUGGAGAGCAUCGUUGGGGUUCGUGUGAGUGUAUAAAGAUUUAAAAGGGAUCAGAAAUGUGCACUAACAGUGUUUUACUUUUGAUGCACAUUAAAACUCAAACAGUAGUUCUCGGUUUAAUGUGCUUAUUGUACUCUAUUAGCCAUUGUAAAUGCCCGAUCAUUAUUAAUAAUAUUAUUAUUAUUAUUAUAAUACGAUGUGUGCCUGCUGAAUUAUUUUUGCACUAAAUAUGUAGCUCCAGCUGGUUAAAAAUAAUUAAAAGUUUUUUUUUUUUUUGGACAUUAUUAUUUCAGUUGCCAAAAAUUGACAACAAACUGAUCUAAAAUCAGUCGAGACACCUUCACAGAGACAUCGUAUACAGAGCUGAUUCAGGUUAAAUCCCCCAAACAGGGAUGUCUGUGAUGGCUGCCGCUGUACGAGCCCAUAGGAGGGGAAAGUUUUCAUUUAUGUACGGAGGAAAUAUUCCCCCCCUCCCCUCUUUUCCUCUCGUCUUCCCAGUAUCGAUUCACACAUGAAGAGAAGAUCUGAUUUUCAGCACGUCACGGCUUAAAACGACCAUUUCAGCCUGAAACUCAGGUGACUUAUGACUGUGUGAAUCUGGCUUCAGGCUUUUUUUUUCCUUCUUUUUUAACCUCCGUUCCUCCUCAGUGUGUGCUGUUUACGUUCAGAGUCCUUCUUGUACAUUUGGAUGUUAAUAACAUUUUGUUGUAAUUAAUUAUAAAUAAGCUUGUAUAUUGAUGUUGUUUUGAUGCAAUUUAUCUUUAACACAAAUGUUUUUUGUUUUUUUUUCCCUGAUAUAUUGGACCAAUAAUAAA